UGCGCGCUGGGCAUUCGCGCUUGCCUGUGAGUCCUUCCAGUGGGCGCUGAGUGCGCCUGCGCUCUGGGGGUUCCAUUCUUACCCAGCUCCAGCAGCAGCAGUGGGGUGGAGGAGGAGAGCAGCAGCCAUGCACUGCAGUAGGAGCAGCGGGAAUUAAGCGGGAUCUGCUGCUCCCAUUCUACUGCAUGCACCCUCCGUAACGCCCAUGAGUCCGGUUUUACUUGCACCCCCCAUCUGCUCUUCCAGCAGCUCCAGAAUGGACUGCUGAACUAGGAAAUAUUCCAGACCCAAUAAUACAACAUUGCUGCACCACUCGCAGCUUUAUCUAUUACUAGUUAUUUAAAUUGGACUUUUAAUAUCCUGCCAGCUGCUCUUCAGACACACAUGGUGCAUUGUUGCCAUUCCCAGAAUUGCAUCUUUGAAACCCAGGCCCUCAGUAACCUUCAUCGAACAAAGAGGCGACCUACAGGAUACAUUUAUAGUGGGGUUUCUCAGACCUACUGCCCUCUAGCUUUAUUCUCGCCGGUGCUGUAUUUCUAGCACACCAUGGAGCCCAGUAUGGAGUAUUGCUUAGCGCAGGUGCUUCAGAAAGACGUUGGAAAGAGACUUCAGGUUGGCCAAGAAUUGAUAGAUUAUUGCUCAGAUAAACAGAAGUCUGCUGAUCUUGAACAUGAUCAGACUAUGUUGGAUAAAAUGGUUGAUGGACUUGCCACGUCUUGGGUAAAUUCCAGCAAUUACAAGGUGGUUCUGCUGGGGAUGGACAUCCUGUCUGCACUAGUGUCACGGUUACAGGAUCGCUUUAAAGCUCAGAUAGGCACAGUGUUGCCAAGUUUACUUGACAGGCUGGGAGAUGCUAAAGACUCGGUGCGGGAGCAGGAUCAGGCUCUGCUGCUAAAAAUUAUGGAACAAGCUACUAAUCCUCAGUACGUGUGGGAUAGACUGUUGGGAGGAUUCAAACACAAGAAUUUCCGGACGAGAGAAGGGAUUUGCCUCUGCCUUAUUGCAACCCUCAACGUAUCCGGAGCUCAGAGUUUAACACUGAGUAAGAUUGUGCCACAUAUAUGUAACUUACUUGGAGAUCCAAACAGCCAGGUUCGAGAUGCAGCAAUAAACAGCCUAGUGGAAAUUUACAGACAUGUAGGUGAACGUGUAAGGGCAGAUCUCAGUAAAAAAGGAUUACCACAGUCUCGGUUGAAUGUAAUUUUUACAAAAUUCGAUGAGGUCCAAAAAUCUGGAAACAUGAUCCAGGGUGCAGGUGAUAAAAAUUUUGAUGAUGAAGACUCUGUGGACGGGAACAGACCUUCCUCGGCCAGUUCAUCUACAUCUUCAAAGGCCCCUCCAAACUCCCGCAGAGUUGGCAUGGGGACUGCUCGCAGACUUGGGUCUGCAGCUCUGGGCUCAAAGUCCACAGCAGCCAAAGAGGGAGCUGGUGCUGUUGAUGAGGAGGAUUUUAUUAAAGCGUUUGAUGACGUCCCAACAGUUCAGAUUUAUUCCAGCCGAGACCUUGAAGAAUCCAUAAACAAAAUUAGGGAAAUCCUAUCGGAUGAUAAGCAUGACUGGGAGCAGAGAGUAUCUGCACUGAAAAGGAUCCGAUCCUUACUAUUAGCUGGAGCUGCGGAGCAUGAUAACUUCUUCCAACACUUACGCCUGCUGGAUGGAGCAUUUAAAUUAUCUGCUAAAGAUCUGCGGUCUCAGGUAGUGCGAGAGGCGUGUAUCACGUUGGGACAUUUGUCUUCAGUUUUGGGAAACAAGUUUGACCAUGGGGCAGAAGCCAUCAUGCCAACCAUCUUUAAUCUGAUUCCUAACAGUGCCAAAGUAAUGUCCACUUCUGGUGUUGUAGCUGUUAGAUUAAUCAUCCGACAUACGCACAUCCCUCGGCUAAUACCCAUCAUAACCAGUAACUGUACCUCCAAGUCUGUUGCAGUUAGAAGGCGCUGCUUUGAAUUUUUAGACUUGCUGUUACAGGAAUGGCAAACACACUCCCUAGAAAGACACAUCUCAGUAUUAGCGGAAACAAUAAAGAAGGGAAUCCACGAUGCAGACUCUGAAGCAAGGAUAGAGGCAAGAAAAUGUUAUUGGGGCUUCCACAAUCACUUCAACAGAGAAGCAGAACACUUGUAUCACACGUUGGAAUCCUCCUAUCAGAAAGCCCUGCAGUCUCACUUGAAGAACUCAGACAGCAUAGUGUCCCUGCCUCAGUCCGAUCGCUCGUCCUCCAGUUCCCAAGAGAGUCUCAACCGUCCAUUGUCUGCCAAAAGAAGUCCUACUGGGAGCACUACAUCCAGAGCCUCUACAGUGAGUACAAAAUCCGUGUCAACCCCAGGAUCUCUGCAGCGGUCUCGCAGUGACAUCGAUGUGAAUGCAGCAGCUAGUGCCAAGUCGAAAGUAACAUCUUCUGGAGCUUCCACCCCCUUCAGUUCCGCAGCAGCCCUGCCCCCAGGCUCGUACGCAUCACUAGAUGGUACUACCACUAAACCUGAGGGUCGGAUCCGUACGAGGAGGCAAAGCUCUGGAAGUGCCACAGGUGUUACCUCGACGCCUGCCGAUACCCGAGGCCGCAGCCGUGCUAAAGUAGUUUCACAGUCCCAGCCUGGCAGCCGGUCUAGUUCUCCUGGCAAGCUGUUGGGAAGUGCGUAUGGUGGACUGACCAGCGGAACAGCUAGAGUCCCACCAGUGCCAUCAUCCUCAGAGAAACGCAGCAAGAUCCCUCGAAGCCAGGGAUGCAGCCGAGAGACAAGCCCCAACAGAAUAGGACUAGCACGGAGCAGCCGUAUCCCCCGACCCAGCAUGAGUCAGGGGUGCAGCCGCGAUACCAGCCGUGAGAGCAGUCGAGAUACAAGCCCUGCUCGGGGCUUCCCUCCACUUGCUUCUCGACGUCAUUCCAGGUCCACUAGUGCUCUCUCCACUGCUGAUUCUGUUGGGCAGUCAGACCGGUUUGGACUUGGCCAGCCAGGCAGGAUGCCUGCUUCUGUGAAUGCCAUGCGAGUCCUGAGCUCAAGCACAGAUCUGGAGGCCGCUGUGGCUGAUGCACUGCUGUUAGGAGACUCCAGGAGCAAGAAAAAGCCAGUGAGAAGAAGAUAUGAGCCGUAUGGGAUGUAUUCUGAUGAUGAUGCUAAUAGCGACGCAUCGAGUGCUUGCUCCGAGCGCUCAUAUGGUUCUAGAAAUGGAGGCAUUCCACACUACCUACGACAAACUGAAGAUGUGGCUGAGGUCCUAAACCACUGUGCCAGUUCCAACUGGUCGGAGAGAAAAGAAGGGCUCAUAGGCCUUCAGAAUUUAUUGAAGAGCCAGAGGACGCUGAGCCGAGUCGAAUUAAAACGGCUGUGUGAGAUCUUUACGCGCAUGUUUGCUGACCCUCACAGCAAGGUUUUCAGCAUGUUUCUAGAAACCCUGGUAGAUUUCAUCAUCAUCCAUAAGGACGACUUGCAAGAUUGGCUGUUCGUUCUCCUGACACAGUUACUUAAGAAAAUGGGAGCAGACUUGCUAGGAUCUGUGCAGGCAAAAGUUCAGAAAGCUCUGGAUGUAACAAGGGAUUCCUUUCCGUUUGAUCAGCAGUUUAACAUUUUGAUGAGAUUUAUUGUAGAUCAGACCCAAACGCCAAACCUCAAGGUAAAAGUUGCAAUCUUGAAGUACAUUGAGUCCCUGGCAAGACAGAUGGACCCCACAGACUUUGUGAACUCCAGUGAGACCAGACUUGCUGUAUCUAGAAUCAUAACUUGGACAACAGAACCAAAGAGCUCAGAUGUAAGAAAGAGCAUGCAUAGUUGGGUAGGUGAGGAUUUGCCAGCUAGAUCAACUACAACCUCCUCAGGGCCUGGUGAAGGAAACUUGGAAGAUAAAUGUAAACAGGCAGCACAAAUAGUCCUGAUUUCGCUGUUUGAACUGAACACUCCCGAGUUUACCAUGUUACUUGGUGCCUUGCCAAAAACAUUCCAAGACGGUGCUACCAAGCUCCUCCACAACCACCUCAAGAACUCCAGUAACACUAGCGUGGGUUCUCCUAGCAAUACUAUUGGUCGGACUCCUUCACGGCACUCUAGCAGCAGGACCAGCCCCUUAACUUCCCCUACCAACUGUUCCCAUGGCGGACUGUCUCCAAGCAUGCUGGAUUAUGACACGGAGAACCUAAAUUCCGAUGAAAUCUACAGCUCUCUUCGUGGAGUCACAGAGGCAAUUGAAAAGUUUAGUUUCCGUAGUCAAGAGGAUCUGAAUGAACCAAUCAAGCGUGAUGGAAAGAAGGACUGUGACGUGUCUCGAGAUGGUGGAAUAGCCGCACCUGCCAGCGAUGUACGUGGAAGCAGUGAGGUCAUGGAAGGAGGAAGGAUGGCUCUAGAUAACAAAACCUCUCUACUUAAUACUCAGCCUCCACGCGCCUUUUCAGGGCCCCGAGCCCGAGAUUACAAUCCCUACCCUUAUUCGGACACAAUCAACACCUACGACAAGACUGCCUUGAAAGAGGCUGUGUUUGAUGAUGAUAUGGAUCAGCUACGGGAUGAAGUAUCCAUUGAUCAUUCUGAUUUGGUGGCUGAUCUUCUGAAAGAACUGUCCAACCACAAUGAACGGGUGGAAGAACGGAAAGGAGCCCUGCUCGAGCUAUUGAAGAUCACGCGAGAAGAUAACCUGGGAGUUUGGGAGGAACAUUUCAAAACCAUUUUGCUCUUGCUGCUAGAAACACUUGGAGACAAAGAUCAUUCAAUAAGAGCCCUGGCAUUAAGAGUAUUGCGGGAGAUCUUAAGAAACCAGCCAGCAAGAUUUAAAAACUACGCAGAGCUAACCAUCAUGAAAACACUGGAAGCACAUAAGGAUUCCCAUAAAGAGGUUGUCAGAGCUGCUGAGGAAGCUGCUUCCACCCUGGCCAGUUCCAUACACCCUGAACAGUGCAUCAAAGUGCUCUGCCCCAUCAUUCAAACCGCUGACUACCCCAUUAAUCUAGCUGCCAUCAAAAUGCAGACAAAAGUCAUUGAAAGGAUUUCAAAAGAAUCUUUACAUCAGCUCCUUCCUGAUAUCAUCCCUGGAUUGUUACAGGGGUACGAUAAUACCGAGAGCAGUGUUCGCAAAGCCAGCGUGUUUUGCCUAGUGGCAAUUUAUUCUGUAAUUGGAGAAGAACUGAAACCUCACCUCGCACAGCUCACAGGAAGCAAGAUGAAGCUUCUAAACUUGUACAUAAAGAGGGCCCAGACCACCAAUAGUAACAGCAGCUCAUCUUCAGAUGUUUCAACGCACAGUUAAUGGAUAUAUCUGGACAUGUGUGUAGACUUAGAAGCAAUCAGCGGUGCCUCUCAGAGACCUUUCUGCUACCCUUUCUUCAUUGGCACGUCCCAUCAGCUAAAGGAGGCCAUGCAGAUAUUUAUUGCAAUCAGUAUUUUAGUCCUUUAAAGCUUUUAUGUAGACUCUGAUUGGUACUGAAAGUAAAGGAAGCAAGGCCUGUGUUGCAGUCCUCAUUUAAGAAAAAACAACCGUAGAAAGCCAUACUUAAACAUAUUGGUAUAGCCAGCUGAAAUCUUUACCAUAUGUUUAGGUUGCAGUGUUUCAGAACUGAGUCCAAAUAACAUGUUCAUGCUUAAAAGCGAAAUGAGUCCCUUUUUUUAGUUAAUUUGACACAAAGUUUUGUUUUUUAAUGUAUUCAUUACCUGCUGUGUGAGCAGUUUUUCCUUCUGGAUGUAACCCAUUUUGGCUAGACUCUUCAUCUCCCAAGUGCGGUGGUGUGUCCCCGUUCUAUAACUCUGAUCUGAAACUUGCCUAAACUGCAAGCUCUUGAUGAUGAAAUCUUUGCAAAUAUUGCCAUGCUUCUGGCUUUUAACGCUUUAAGACGGAUCGGUACCUUUAUUGAGUAAUGACAAAAAUCCAAGUUUUAUAGCUAACGCUCCAGAUUUCCAUAUGGGCUAAGAAUUUCUCUGCAGCUUUUCCCCACCCGGCAGUAUCGUCUAACAAGAGCAACCCGGGUCUCCCACCUGUACCUAACAGGGUUAACAUCAGCCCGGCCUUCCACCUUCUUCCGUUGCUCAGAAGACCCUGGGGGUUCAUUUCAAAGGCAGGAUAGUGGGUUUGUUGUCAGGACUGCGCAGUGGAGACUUGCCGAAGUCUAUGAAACUAGCUGAGCCAUCUUUAUUUUCGUUGAAGUCUGUUCUGAAAGGGGCUGAUCUACAACUCUGGUUCGACAGCUCUGGUGAUGGAUAAUGAAUAGCCUCGAUUACCCUGGGCCAUUCCCCUCCACACUUCCGAGCCUCGUUUGGCUUUGGAAAUGGAAAGGGAAACUCUUAACCGGGCAAAAUAUUCCUGCUUGGCCCUAGUGUUUAAUAAGACAACACUCCCCCCCCCCCCCCCCUGCACACCCGCCCAUGACCUUGUGCCUAAAAAGCCUGCAGUGUAGUUAACCAGCAUUUUAACCUCUUCUUCGCCGACGGAACCAGAGUACGAUCCUGCAAGGCACUUAGCACCUCUGGAUAGGUGUUGAGUGCCCUCAGCUGCCAUUGGCUUCAGUGGAGAUGGGGUCGCUCAGCCCAGGCAGGAUCGGGCCCCUGUAAUAGGCAAGGCUGGCGGAAUUCUUGAAUGGACUGAUCAGCGAGGGGAAAACUUAGAACCAACCCAGCCCCAGUGAAAUAUACCAGCAGAGGGGCCCUCCCAGGCUCUGCACAUCCCCUGCAGAGUGGCCUGGGGUCCACAUAGACACCCACCCAGGGAAGGCUAAUGCCAUGUCGACUCAACACCCCCACAUCAGUUUGUUGAAAGACCUGAUCCUGAGAGGUGCUGAGUGGCCUUCAGCUCCCAUUGAAAUCAAUAACAGUUGAGGCUGUCUCAGGACCCAGCAGAAUCGGGCCCCAAAGCAGCAGGUUUUUCAGCCUCCUUCGUCCCUUGUGUGACAAAGUGGAAGGGACAAUCCGGCUCCUGUUUUUUUCAGGAUGGGCCCUAUCUUACACUGGCUGCAGGAUCAGGCAAUUUGUCUGCUGCUCUUCCUGCAUAUAACGCCGUCAUAAGAGAGAUCUUUACUAGCCUGUGUUGUGGUGUUUCCCCAAAGACUCACCGCAGACUCGAAAAUGCCUUCAUUGGAGGGAGGCUGUUAUAACCUGCGCUAGCCAAUAAAAUCCAGUCUCCCUUCGCAUGGACCAUUCACUUUCACCCCUUCUCGAGACGCUUGCUAGAGGUUUUCUUCUUCUUUUUUUAAUUCUUGUUGUGGAUGAUUUGAAUUAUUUUAGUUUAACGUGAAUUAAUUUUCCCUUUUGAGGAAAUAUUCAAUCAAUAUGUUGGCAGCAAUCUGCUGUCCCGUUGGAAUUUUUAGGGUGUUUUAUUUUUAAACUGCUUUCCUAACCGUCAGUAUUUUAAACGUCUCUUUUCCCAUCUCAGUUCAGCAUCUUCUGGGGUCCAAACCCCCGAAGUGGAAUGCAAAGCCUGCGGAAUGGACUGUGUUGUGUGCUUAGUCCUUCCAGCUGUCUGACCGAUCUUGUUCCAUCCCGGUUUGCUGUUUGUUUGGUUGAAUGGCACACUGUGGCAGAUCUAUGUGAAUUGAAUUCCUUCUGAAAUGAUUUUCUAUAUUUUAUAAAAUACUGUUAGUAUGCACUGAGUGAAUGCACUGUAACGUCCAUAAACUGACCUACCGCAUAUGCUGACACUACAGUACGAAUUAACAACUCGUCUCUUAGAAAUACAUGUGAAAUAUGUUGCUGCUGCUGCUUGGAGACUUCAGUGAUGAGCUUGUAUUGCCAGAUGUUAUUAGCAUACUUGGGGCUGCAAAUCACAGAACCAGGCCUUACUUUCUUAAUCAGAUACUGUUUUGUUUAUCAACCGACGCUUAUUAAUGUGAUACUUUGUUUCAUUACACAAGUCAAUCAAGGACUGUUCAUCCUUUGAGUACUCUAGAUGUCUGUUACACCUGUAAACAGUAGGAGGCAUUCUGCUUCAAUUAUUUAUAAAUUCAUUUGCGUAUAAUGUACAUAGUAAGGUUGGUUUAGAGUUUUGAACAUGACCGGAUUUUCCUUUGAAGUACUCAAAGGGCUAGCUCUGAAUGUCACUUGUAUGAUCUCCAGUGUUCUGCAUUCUGAAAGCUGAUCAAUCAUUUUCUUUCGCAAGCAUAAAGGUCUCUCUGGCUACAAAUCUGACAGUGUCCGCGGGCACAUUUGCAGAGAAGGAUCUGCAUGUGGGCGAGACAUCACUGCGACAGUGAGGCCGGUGUUAAUGUUUUCCCAGCAGUAGCCACCUACAACAGCUGCCUUUUUCUUGCUGCCCAUUAUACAGGGCUUCAAUUUUUGGAAUCUUACAAGAAAAAUGUUUCUUUGAUUUGCCCACCAUGCUUAUAAAGUCUGACUGUGAGGAACUGUGAAAAUACCAGCACCCUUUGGCUGUGGGGUUGCUUAAAUCUCAGACAAGGAUGGCCAUUCUAUCAUUGGCUGUACCAGUGCUCCAUGGGCAUGAGCAAAUCAAUUGAUACAUCCCCCUCACAGUUUUAAGUACUGUAGUUCUCUCAUGUAGUGCAGAAUUAUUGAGGCAUGUGGCUUUCUUAAGGUACACUAUGUGUGCUUGCCUGGAUUACAAUACAAGACAAGACUUCUUUUCUAUUGCUUAUUACUAGCUUACCAAUAACCUGUAUAAGUAACGUAACUCGCAUCUUUGUCAUCUAAAUCUUUUCCCCUCCUCAUCCCUUUAUUUAUCAAGCAUAAUAUGACAUAUUAAGGGACAGAAAAUAAAACUUUGUAGAAUACAGCAGGACUUUGCUAACAAUAAUGUUUUAAAUGGGAAGUAAAAACUGCUCUGAAAAAUGUCAGCCAUAAGAAAUGAUUUUGUUGGCACAGUGUUCAUGCGCAUGUAUUUUUUUUUCUUUUUUCCUUCUUUUUUUGGCUUUUGUCAUGUUACAUCCAUAUCUGUAUUUAUAUCUUAUUUGUUUAACUUUUGAGUGUAUCAUGGCAAAUGUACAGAUGUUUUUUUGUUAACAUUUAUGUGAUAGAAUUUGCUAAAAAAAAAAUAAAAUAAAACCUUUUGAGUUUGCCCUAGAAUAAAUGAAACUUAAGUUUAA